CUGAGAGAGAGUCUCAAGUUUGCCGCCCUCCCUGCGCUGAUCUAUGCGGUUCAGAACCUCCUGACGCAGGUGGGGUAUCAGAACCUGGACUUCUUGACCUUCAAUCUCCUGAAUCAGACGAAAAUUCUCUUCAUGGCGUUCUUUAUCUAUCAGCUGAUGGGGAUUCGCCAAUCGCACAUGCAGGUAUGCUUGCAAGUUCGCGUUGGUCUGAAAGCUGAUGGCAGCGAGCCGAAGAACCCCAACUCUAACGACGAGGAUGACAUUCACAAUGACUUCUGGUUGGGGGUGAUACCCGUCCUCGGAGCCAGUCUCAUGUCAGGGCUGGCAGGAGGGCUGAGUCAGGUGGCGCUGCAAAGGAGCAAGAGAAACAGCUACCUCUACACCAUGGAGAUCGCGACGUACAGCAUUAUCUCCCUCUCCGCCUUGAUUUUCAUCUACCCGGAGGACCGGGAGGCGAUGCUAACUCGAGGAGUUUUCGGGGGUUGGACGAGAAUGACUUCGCUUCCUGUCUUCACCAACGCCAUGGGCGGCAUCUUCGUGGGGCAGGUGACCAAGUAUGGAGGAGGAGUCAAGAAGGGAUUCGCUACAAUCUUCGGGAUCUUGAUCACAACCUUCCUGCAGAGCUUCAUCUACAACAAGAGCAUCUCCGUCAUGACCUGGGUGGCUAUUCCUCUCGUCAUCACCAGCAUCUGCUUGCACAGCAUGUUUCCUGCCCGUCAUCCUCAUCCUCCUCAUCCUCAUCUUAAGAAAUCUUAA